AUGUUCUGGAGAUGCUUUCUUGUAGGAGGAAUUUUCUUUCAGCUUCUAGUCAAAUCAACGCCAUCUAGUGCAUUGCGGAAAGUUGAAUUAAGCGACGCAAAAGCAGUUUGCAAUGACGAUUCACGCGCGGUAUUCUACAUCAAACGUGGAUCGCCAAAACACUGGAUUUUUUUUUUCGAAAGUGGUGGACUGUGUUCGUCAAAAGCUGAGUGUAACGAGAGGUAUAAAGACAAGAACUCGACGGUGUUAAUGUCAUCUAAUUCGCUUCCAGCGAGUGUUAUUGGAAGAGACAUCUUAUCAUCAUCGAUAAGCGAAAACCCAACAUUUUACAAGUACACACAUGUGCUAGUGCCAUAUUGCAGUAGUGACCUAUGGCUCGGAGACUCAACAGGCCUCAACAGAACCUUCAAAUUUGUGGAUGAUUCUUCAGCCAAUAAUUUUAUUUUCAGAGGAAAAACAAUUUUUCAAGGCAUAUUCAAGCAGUUGAGUCCAAUUAAAAAUGCGGAACACAUCGUGGUUUCAGGAUCUAGCGCGGGCGGAAUAGGGGUUAUGAACCACGCAGAAUGGCUUUCAAACCUGUUCCAUGGGUCCAAAGUCAAACUUAGGUUUAUUAUCGAUUCAGCUUGGUUUAUAAAUUUUCAAGACGGCUUUACAUCCAGAGUUAACAUGGAAUUUGCCCAGUUGACUGGUACUUCUUCUAGUGCAUGCGCUGAUUCGUCGUACGGAUAUCCUUGUUGUCUGUCGUCUGCUUGUUUGAUCACACGUGGAUAUUUCCCUUCAAACGCGUCAGUUGCGUUCGUUUUCAGCCUUUAUGAUAUUUACAUGUUUGCAGAUGUGCUAAAAAGACUCGAAAGUGAAGGAAAGACCGCAGAGGAUCAUGAUGCAGAUUUUUUGUCUGUAGUGAGCAUGUAUGGAGGUGCGAUGAAUGGAUCAAUUGAACUUCCUCAUAAUACUGGAGGUCAUUCUAGUUUCUUUGUACCAGCCUGUUUUCAGCAUACUUACUUUAGUACAUCCAGUCUGUGGGACACAGAUGGAGUUCUACAUCCACUUGUAGAAGUGACGCGAGGCAGUGGAAAAUUCAGGUAGGAGCUUGCGGCCAACUUCAUCCCCUCUAAAAUGGACAUCGGUGGGGCUAACUCUGCAGUGAUGUCUGGAGCACAGUCAUCUAUUGUACAGGAGAAAAGUUUGGCAGAUCCAGGGGAGGGGCUGGGGCCCCCCUUAUUUUUAGGCCAAACUGAGGCCUGAAGGGGCAAAAGAAUUUUUGGCAACCUCCCCUCCCUUAUCUCAGGGUCUUGUAUGACCUGCCCCCCCCCCCUGAUCUGAAGGUCUGGAUCUGCACUGCAAUACGCUUCUUACAGGCGUCUAUUCUUAAAAUGGAUACAUCACAGAGAAGGUGGCCACCUUGGGUGUCGGCCACUUGGAGGUGUACCCUUGAAAUUUAAGAAGUACUGGCAGCUGUCUGCUUUACUGUGCUAGGCCUCUGCUUGAGAGAGAAGGCUACUUUAAUGACAGGUCCAUCUAAGUUAAAGGGGAGUUCCGGGGGGGUGUCAUCUAUGACUUUUUUGGGGUGGAGAGGGUCACUUGACCUGUAGCCCUUUACCUAUAUCAGACCAAGUGUGUCUGCAAUUUUGCUAUUCUGUUAUUUCUAGACUUUACACCAAAACUCCCAGCCUUAUCCCAGGCUAUCUAAGAACCAGGAACUCUUUUACACCUCUGGUCAAUAUAUAUAUAACCUCUCCUAGACUGAAACCCUCUGACUUCUAUAUGUUAGCCCCACUAAAUUUCUUGAAAACCCUACCCUUCAUGGCAGCUCCUGCCUUUAUCCCUUUAAGUCCCAAUAUACACAUACAAAUUCUCCAAACUGAUCUCUAUAUAUUUUCUUAAAGGAUGAGUUGAGAGAAUUUAAUAAAAGAUCAAAGAAUUUUCUCUUAGGUGAUCAUUUUAUUAAAUUCUCAUAACCUCAUCUCUUGACAAUCUAUGUCUAUCACUAUGAGAAAGUUGAUGUUGGUCACUAUUAGGACUUAAAAGGGUUAUAGCACCAGGGUCCUCAUUAGAGGGAUCUCUUCAGCCUCUUUUUCAGGGCUGGGUGCCCUCUCUUUCCCUACUUUGGAGUAUUCUCUCCCACACACUCCAGAAGACAGAAAAGUAGAGUUUGUCUGCAUUAAUGGUUAUGCUGUUAACCCAAUAUCCACAUGCAAAUUCUUCAGACUGAUUUCAAGUGAACACAUUCCUUUUACAGAAUUAGUUGAGAGAAUUAAAUUUUGAUAAGUGUGACUUCCAAGUAGCUGUGCUUUCUGUCUUGCUAAUUGUCAACAUGUAAAUUACUUCUCUUUUUUUUCCCUGGAGCACUAAUAAAGAUUGAUUGUUGAUUGAUUGAUUGUUGUAUCAAAGAUUGCAGCUUUUUUACUUUGGUGAUCAUAUCAUUAAUAAAAUCUCAUAACUUUUUCUCUUGGUAAUGUAUGGAUAUUGUAAGGAGAAAAUUGAUGUGGGUGACUCUUGGCUCUUAAUGGGUUCAGAAGUGUACACUUAAUUAUCAUGAUCAUCAUUGCUCCCUCAGCUGGUGCUGGAAUUUUUUUGCACCAGAGUGUGUGUUGGUGUCCCGCGUGGCAGAUGUCUACCAGUAAUACUCCAAUAAUUUCUUGUAUCCAGAGAUAAUAGUUAAGGGAAUUCUAGUUUCUGUGAGCAUACUGGGAGCUACUUGCCCUUCAGAAAUGUCUGCUUGAACUGCAGGUCUUCAUUCUGGAGACACAACAUUCUUAAAAUGGUAUAUAUUAUAGCUAGAUAGGUACAUUAAUUUAAUGAAAAUGCUGUUUCAUCUUUUUCUAAUUUCGUUUUAGCCAUACUAUCAAGAACGGAACAUGGUCCUUGACAAAAAUUUCAAAUCAAUAUGAGACGGAUUACAGUAUUCAAGAUUUCAUUUCUUCUUGGGUCAAUUCGCCUAACGCAACAUACAAGCUGAUUGACAACUGCAUUGGUGCCCAUUGUAAUCCCACAUGUCCAGACAAAAUAGUGUUCCUGGAUGCAGGUGAGGUCUGGACCAAGGUCAUUAAGACAGUCAUUAUUGGAUUAUCAUUGGUGAUCACUGUAAUUUGUUCUGGACUGAAAUUGACCUUCAUGUGCUACUACAGUUACCUGGUAAAGAGACAGGAGAAUUAUUUGACUGAUAGUGAGACCUGUGAGGCAAGAAAGGAGGUAUGUGGACACGGGUGGAGUCACGGGGCUAUGAGCAGAGGGGACAGCCCCCCCUCCUCCAGCCCUUUCUAAACUUUUCCUGUCCUCCAGAGCCUUAAUUACUGGACACAAAGGCUCUCAUAAUUCUAUAAUCAAUAAUAAUCAAUACAAAAUACAAAGGCUGCUUUCAAAAGGUCACCCCUGGGUCUUAAGUUAUGGUCCUCACUGACCUAAUAAGCCCACAGGAUAUCAAAUUUUUGGUUGCUGUUUUGUGAAAAAUUUACCUGGUUAUACAUGGUGUGCCUGUGGCAUCUGAAUGAUUUCUUACCCUGUAUACCACAGUAUAGACUUACAGUGAGAUGUCUUUCCUUUCCUUACUCUCCCUCCCUCGUUCAUGUUCCUUCCACCUUUCCCCCCUUCCCCCUCCCCCUCCCCCCUGAGAACUUUUUUUCAGGCAGGCAAGGUUUUGCAAUCAUACAGUUUAAUUUCAAGAAGCAAAUUAUAUGGAGGGGUUUAGUGAAUAAUCCAACUGUGCCUGGUUUAUUUUCCAGCUGCCACUGGGAAAGUCAGAUGAAACUGUCAGUAUUGCCUGCCUGUUUUUAUCUUACAAAGUGGAUUUAACCAACCAAAAGAAGAAAUCCAAGAAUGGUUAGUAGAAGGUUCACUAGAAGGCUCUUGGCAUUACUUCAGUAACAACUUUACAAGUGGCUUGGCAAUUUUUCAGUGAGAUAAAACGAUCUAAUCAUUCUAGUGGCUUGGUGGUCCACCAAGUAGCUGAGCCAAACUGGUGUCCAUACAUUUUCUUAAAGAAUGAGUUGAGAGAAUUUGAUAAAAGAUCAAAGCAUUUUCUCCUAGGUGAUCAUUUUAUUAAUUCUCAUAACCUAAUCUCUUGACAAUGUAUGGAUAUUGUUAAGAGAAAAUUGAAGUUUGUCACUAUUGGGACUUAAAGGGUUAAACUUAUAACUAUAUUUAUUAUAGCUGUUUCAAUAAAGAUUGCUAUGGGCAUUGGCAAUUGGGCAUUUAGGCAUAAGGAACAAGCCAGUGAUUUGCCUGAGUUGAGUGACCACCAAACAAUAGCUUCCUAGUGCCCAAUUCCCAAUGUGCAAAGCAACCUUUAUUGAAUCAGCUAUAUACUUAAUUAUUGUUCUCUAACAUUAUAUAAAAGUAAAUAUUUAUCUUAUCGUUCUUUAAACAUUCAAAGCAACCGAACCACUUCCAUUAAAGUCCUUCCUAUUUGGUCCUGCAUUCUGUAGCUGCUGCUCAGGAUAUUUAAUCCCACCGCCAUCCCAUGGCUAUGUUUGAAAAGAAGCUUAAAACUACUGUAAUCCAGGAAAGGCGUACAUGAGUGCUAAUUGGGGACUUCAGGGGCGGAUCCAAGAUUUUUUUAGGAGGGGGUGCACUCGUCUCUUGCUCUACUUCAACACCAAUAAACCACAGUUUUUUUUUUUGCAGAAUACCAGUUGUAGUAGAAAACCGCAGGUCACCUCAGGUGGGGGGGGUGUGCACACCCCCUGCACCCUCCCCCUAGAUCCGCCCCUGGACUUGAAGAUCCAACGACGCGACGGCGACGAGACAUGGCUUAAAAAGUGAAUUUUUGUUCUUUCACUCUUAAACGCUAUUCCCACCCACUUACUUUUUCAAAUGUAGGCGAACCCUCCUGGAGUUGAAUUCCAAGGGACCAUAUCCAAGUUCAGAAAAAGAAACAAAAUUUUGUAGUUGGUUGUUUACAUACUCUUUAAAACGCGAAAUUAGGCAUUUUCACGCUGUAGUCGUGCAAAAACGGGUAAAGAAAUGUACAAUAAAGCGUUAUCACUUGCAAAGUUGUUUUUUUGCUUAUAAAACCUAUUGUCCUUUUGACGUUCUCCUUGCCGUCCGCAUCGUUGGAUCUUAAAGUCCCUGUUACUUAAGUAUCGAUGUAAGUCAACAAAUUCAUUCUGAACGUAACUUGUUUCAUACUUUUGAAAAGAAACACUCGGAACACUUUCAGGAUUGAAUUCAUUCGUAGAUUCAAGUAGCCGCAUUAGCCCUCCCCCCCCACCCCUCCAAGAAAAAAGGGAAUUCUGCCUUUGCACAAAAAUCUCGUCCACUUCUAGUGUAGUUUGCAAGUAAACCAAAAAAAUUUGGGAAUGAUAUUCUUCGUUUUUUAAGCCAGGUACCUGGAAUUACUUUCACCUCCACUGAAACUUGUAUCGACACGAAUUGUAUCGAAACGACCGGUAACCGUUUCACCACCCUACCCAGCCCAACAUCGUCACGUGAUAAUGACUUAAGCUUUUUAUCGAAAAUAUUAGAUAAUAAAUCUGACGCAAAUGGAAAUAAAUGGAACCUCACCCACGCAGAAUCAGCUCUCGAUGAAGACUCUGGUAGUUAUUUGCAAGAAUCUGACGAAAGUAAAGAGGAGGAGCAAGAUUUUGCCAUUCCGUUGCCUUCUAAGUUAUUCAACGACAUCGACGACGCCGACUCGGUCAAUUCUCCGCGAGAGCAGCCGUCUGAUUCGUUUUCAACCAUGGACGGCACUUCAACUAUGGGUUCACAUGCCGGAAGUGAUUUAGCUCUCCUAGGAGGUAACCAUAGCAACACAGAUGACGUAUCAGUCGGCUUUUCGGUACCAGGGGGUAAAGAUGCUACGGACUGCGUAGAGGCGAUUGGCAGCCCACCGACAAAGCAGAUUCUAAAAGGUGUGUCGGCAUAUUUUAACACUGGGGAGUUAGUAGCGAUCAUGGGACCAUCGGGUUGUGGCAAAACAACGCUGCUUGAUUUGUUGACCGGAAGACGUCGGCAUGGACAUAUCGAGGUUUGUAAAUGUUUCAGAUAAAAGUUAUUAAUUGAACUAACGAUGCGUUAGGGCCUGAGGGCUAUGUGUCUCCGUUAAUAACCCUUUAAACCCGAACAUCAAAAUUUCAAAUUCUCAUUUGUUAUCCCUAUACGUUUUCAGUAGAAGGAGUGGUGAGAAUUUAUUGAAGUAUCAAUAAGAAUUGUCUUGUCUGAUCAUGUCCUCAAUUCUCAUGUCCAAUCUGCUUUACAAAGCAGUGAUAUUACAAGGAGAAAUUUGAUGCUGAUCACUCUUAGGGCUAUGUGUCUGCGUUAAUAGAGAGAUAAGAGAGGUUAAGCCUCACGUGUACGUCAAACGGCAAACGCAAAUUUGUACCACGUGAACAAGUUUCAUCUUUGCUUGUCGUUUUACUGUUCAUUAUUUCUACACAUAAAUUAGUAGUUUCACGCAAUUUUUUGUCCAUAAGAAUUGUUUUGAGCUGUUUUUAUCUGUUCAUUUUCUAUUUUGAGAAAUUCGCAACUUGAAUCUGACGUUUGCCGUUUGCCCUAUACGUGAAGCUUAAACUCUCUAUCGUGAUUAGAAAGACAUCUAGGGCAAACGGCAACUGACGUCAGAUUCAAGUUGAGAAUUUUUCAAAAUAGAAAAGGUGCAGCUAAGAAGAGUUCAAAGUAAUUAUUGUAGACAAAACUAACGUGAAGCUACCCUACAGGGUUUAUUCUAGAGCGUCGCCUUGCGGGAUUUCUGCAAUUUGGAAAAAAAUGCCGCAUAAAAGUUACGUUGCCGCGUCAAAUGGGGCGCAAAAAAAAAAUAGACCCAAGGAUAAGUACUAUUUUUUUGAAAUAAAGUAUUCGAAAACAUCACUGACAACAACACUGAUUUGACGGCCGCUCUAUAAACUUAGUUUUAACGUUUAUAGCCUUUUACUCUCUAAAUUGCCUUUCUCUUCUUCGUUUGAGUCAUUAUUUCACAAGACAUACAUCCGGGAUUCUACAGGAAUUCGAGCCCAGGCUUUUUCAGUUGCUCAGAAUGUGCCAAAAUGGCGGCAAAGUGUCAAUAAACGGUCGUUUUCUGAUGGAACAGUCUGUACCAAUAAGUUCAAAUACCUUCUGGGGGACCCCCUUUCUUGAAGAAGGGCCCCCUAAAAUUACAGAAGGAGGCCCAUUUGACCCUCAUUGGCCAAUAGUCCAUUUUCGAGUUCGCUAUGACCGCUGAAUUAAAGAAGUGAAGACGCAUUUUUUACAGCCUUAGCCUCCAUCUGAAGUAAUAUAUUCACAAAUUCCAACGAGAAAAAGACCUGUUUAUUUCUCUGUCUAUUGUGCACAUUCAAAUUUCAAACACUUACGUGCCAGAAUUUCUGAAUAUUUUACUUUACGUCGAGGCUAACCCUGUAUGAAUGUGUCGUCAAUGUUUAUAUUCAGCGGUAAUUUUUAAUUCGAAACUGGACUAUUUCUAGAAUAAACCCUGCUACUAACAGUAAAGCACAAGUUAAGGAAAAACUUGUCCAUGUGGGACAAAUUUGACGUUUGCCGUAAACGUGAUUCUUAAUCUCUUUCUAAUGUCACUGUUUCCUUGCAUUUCAGUCUCAUUUCUCCGCUUUGCCCUCUGUCUUUGUCAACGUCCUAUCCUAAAACAUGUAUGAUAAUAUUAACACUUUAUUCACAUCUUUCACACAUUACAUUUGCAAGUACAUUCUUUCCUUUUACUAUUACUAUUUAUUACUACUGAGUAGACUAUAAUUGUUUUUGGGGUCUAGAGGCCAAGUAAACUAAUGCAAUCUUGUUGGCCUCUAGUUCUUAUCAAUAUAUAUUUACACAGUAACUAAAUUAACUACACUAAUUUAAAUAGCAAAUAAUAAAGCAAAUUCUUGAACAAUAUCAAAAAAUAAAUGCAAAUAAGAUCAUUGCAGUUAAAGACGCAACUUCUGCAGUUGUUGCAAAAAGUUUGCCUAAAAAAUCAGGCUUGUCGGGAUCCGAACCGCGAUGCAAGUAUAACACUCUGACCAUUGGAGAGGAAAAGUCGUUUGUCUCGUUGCCAUGGUAGCAAAAUGUCUUGAUGACAACAAACCGACAACGUUUCAAACUACAUCGAUCUUAUUCAAUUUCCUUUAAUUUGUCAAAUGUUAGCAAAAAUUUCUGGGGUUGAAUCCGAAAGGACCGUAUCUAAAGUAAGAAAAAGGAAAAGAAAAAAUUUUUGUGUUUUGUUCACCUUCUCCAUAAAGCGGGCGCGAGGAAUUAGGAAACGUUCAAAAAAGCGUGAUGCGCGUGCAAAAUUAUUGUUUUGCUAAUGAAACCUAUUGGUUGUUUGACGUUCUCGUUUAGCUCCCAACCGUUGUGAUCCAGAAAUUUUGCUACCAUGGUAACGUGACGUCACACUUCUCUCUCUUGCACAAUACUUCUGGACAAUGUCAAAACGUUCAGGCUCUAAGGAUACAACAAGAAAACUUAAUUCGGAAACGGUGUCCUUAACACUUAGCGCGUUUGUCCGUUAACGUCGAUUUCAACCUCUUAAGCAGCGGGCCUGUUCCGUAGGAUUUUGCCGUGAGGUAGCGACCUUGUUAACUGGACGGCCCUUGGGUGACUACUCAAAGGGAUAUUUUUUCCUGUUAUUUUUAGCUCUUUACUAUUAACAAUGUUUUCGUGAUCAGUCUCCGAGGGAUUGCCAGUCUGACGAAGAAUUUUUUGCAAAGCUCUAGUGGUAUGCGCUCCUCGAUCCCAAGGAAUUGCACUUAAACCCCGCUUUUCGGCCUCCCGCAUAAUACGGAAACCUCGUUAUUACGGACAGUUUUCCUUGUCCCUGGGAAAAGAAUACCCCUUACAUUUUCUCUCAAUUCAACCCGAUUAAUACGGACACCCCGUCAAUACGAACACUUUCUAUGGUCCCCUCAGUGCAGUGCCGAAUCCAGACCUUGAGAUUAGGUGGGGGCCCAGUCACCCGACCCUGAAAUCUAAAAAUAAGGGGGCGGCCCCCGGGCCCCUCCCCUGGAUCCGUCACUGCAGUGUCUGCGGUUUUAACGGGGUUUGAAUUUAUAUCGGCUGCAAAACUUGCAAGCAUAAGCGUCGCGUCAAACACUAUAUGAAAACGUGCUAUAAAUGUUAUCAUAUGUUGAAUGAAACUCAGUUCUAUGUGGACCCUAUAUUGUCUUUGUUUAUGUCCUCACCGAUCAGUUCUGGAAUUGGCGAAAGAGAGACCCUCUGCUGUGGAUAUAAUUCUUCGACUACUAGAUUAGAGUUUUCUCUACCGACUGUAGCCCGCAAAGAGAUCACUGUAACCUCGUUGUCGUUCGAUCUUCCAUAAGGUACGAAUCGCCUCAACAAAUCUUUCACUCCAGCGCGGAAGUCUCUUUUACGGAUGGAAUAUAUCAACGGGUUGCACACUGUGCUGGCCAUGAAAAUGCAAGUUGUCACAUGAACAACUUCAGCGGACACGUUGCUUUUGAUAAAGCGGCGGAAUAAACUUAAAGCCAAGGUGGGAAGAUAGCACAGGAAGAACGCAGUAAUGAUGAUUAUGACAUCGAUAGCUGCCUUACGUUCGUUAAGGCUUCGUGUCAUCUCUCGUUUCUUGUUUUCUGCUGUUUCGGCGGGAUCGUCAUGGCCUCCUAUUUGGACCUGUAAGGCGUGUAUUUUAGUUUUCGCAGUUUUGUAUACUGCGCCGUUAAAGUACGCGACUGAAAAAAAUAACAUUGUAAGCAAUACUGUGAAAAUGAUCGUCCUUAGUCGACUAGAAGCACUCGGCGCUAACGAUUCUUGUUCGCAGUAAAACACUGCAGGGUUAUAAGUAUGUUUUUCCCCUCCGAAAAUCAGUCCGAUUCCACCUGAAAUCGGCGCUACCCAGAUCAGGACUAAAACCACUAUUUUAGAUUUAGUUAUCAGACCAUUGUAAGUCAAAGGCGACUUGACGAUCGCACUGUAUCUGUCGUAAGACAUCGCUACCAGAUGUAGAACCGUGUUGAGGUAAAAGUACUUUCCAAGGGAUGAAUUGAAAUAACACAUGAAUUCACCGUGAAGCCAUCUUUCUUGAGCUAUGCUUGGGAUGCGAAAAGAAUUGACGAGGAUUAAAAAUAGGAUAUCCGAUAAUGCGAGGCUGGCCAGUAGAAUAUAUCGCAUUUUGUGAAGUCUUGAUAUCAGAGCAAUGGUUACAAAAACCAGUAAAUUACCAGGCAGGCCGAUCACGUCGAUAAGAGAGUAGAAAACCGCAAUGACUUGAGUGAAAGCCAUGUUGAAGUGAAAGUACUUCAGUGAAAGACGCUGAUCUUCAAGUGGUCCUGAUACAGAGCUUCCCCUUUGUUGGAAGACUCUUGCGAACUUAAUUUAUUAAGUCCUGAAAGUAUAAAAGAGUUAAUUGCGGUCUCGGAAAUGCACUUUAAGGCUAUUGUAUUCUCAGAAGCUUUUCGAUUACAGGUCUUGUUUCUGAACGUUAAUUGAGGAAGUCCUUUACUGUAAGAGCAAAUGAUGCAAAUGUUCUUCAUCAAGCAUAAAAAUAAGCACGCUCAAUUUUUAAUAUUCCCCAAUCUGUCGCUAUAUGGAAUAAAAGAUAACUAAGGUCGUUUCUAUCAAAAUGAUGUGUAAAUUUUACGAUGAUGUCGUUUUUGUGUGUACAAUUUAAAUACAAGCGUCUUUUUCUUUAACAUAAAUUUUAAAGGCGGAAAUUUGACAAGCUUUGCCGCACGGAUCCAGAAAAAAAAACACUUUGAAUUUUCGAUAAUGAUCUUUCCCGCAAAAUCUUUAUACUUAAACGCCUAAGAGUGCUAAGAUUCAAAUGACCUGUUUGCUUAACUUCCGCAUGUGCUUUGUAGUGGUGAAUUUUAGCCAUUUAUUCCUUAUGCUAGCGUUUUUUCUAGCAUUUACUGAGGCAAAAGCAUCAAGUUUUAUUCGAACAUUUUAGUGGCAUUUUCCUCAGGAAAUGAUUUUUUUUCAGAGAAAAUAAAAACUGUAACAUUAUUAAGGAAAGAUGACGAUAUAAACUCGAAAUUUAAUUUAACUCAUGUUGCUGUAUUAAAAUUAUUUUGUAUACAUUGUUUGUUAGCCUUAAACCCACCCCUUAAAACGUUUUGGCAUUAAUAAAUAAGCUUCUGUAUAAUUAACAAUUAUUCCUCGAGCCCGAAUGGGCUUGAAUCAAUAUCGGCCUCAUGGGUUAUUGACUCAGAGGCCAUGAGGGCUCGAGGAAUAAUUGUUUUAUUAAAAUCCAACUAGUUGGUCAAAAAUAUCGAGACAAAACAACUUUAGCUAGUUGAAGCUAGACUUUAAUACUUUUUUGCCGCCAAAAAGCCGGCGCUUUUCGCCACUAGUGGGCUAUAACAUAUAGCCUAGUUGUAGCUCAACCUAUGAGAACGCAGCAUUGAUAAUAGACCACCAGCUGGAUUUUACUAAUGAGCAUUAUCCAAGCAUUUUUGUUGACGACAGAGCAUUUUAGUGGGAAAAAUGGAGCUUUUAGGUGAAGCAUAGUAGUAGGGAAUCAAAAGCCUAAUGUACAAAAGCCUGGUGAAUUUUUUGUUACUAAAUAUAGAAUAGAAUGCGUGUAUGCAGUAUUUACGCACGAGCUUUUGACGCACUAAAACAACGAGUGCGAACUGAAUAGCGCCCUACAAAGCACUUUCCAUGUUAUAUUGGGCUUAUACACACACAUACUGAGACAUUCAUUAUUUUUAGUUAUUAUUUUGUACUGAAAUGGUAAAAUUUGUCACUAGAAAUUGUAAAAUAACAAGGAAAAAGACGUAAUCUUUUUUAAAAGUAUAAGUAAAGAUUUACGAAGAUAAGGAUAUAACCACUGUCAGGAGUCCAUGACCAGGGUUAUGCGCUCUUGCCACUGUUUAAGGCAAUACAGUAAUUGCAAGUAAGCUCAACUUUUUCUUUUGAAUCUGCAGUGAAAGUGAAUACGAACUCAGUCUCAAGUUAGUCUCAAGUUAGGCCUAGACACAAAUAUCACGUAAAAUCGCCUAAAUAUCUUUCCGGAAAUUCUCAAAAAAAUGUCUAAAUAUCCCCAAAAUUUUUCUAAAUAUCUCGAAAAAUCCUCGAAAUGUCUCGUAUUUUUGUUUUAAAAAUAAGCCGACUUUGAAUCUCUUAGGCCAAAAUUUUCCCCAGCGGGAGCUGAAAAGUAUGUUCAGGCUCAUAUGUUUUUCCAGCAUCCGCCAUUUUGACAAAUGGCUGCUAGUGUCUAGUGAUAUGGCAUACAUUAUUCAAGUGGAAAACCGCUGAACUGGACUAUUUCUAGCAUAGAAUGAUAAAACUGGGUAUUAUGUCAAGAAAAUAGCGAGGAAAAGCUGGAAAACAGCCAUAAAAAGCCAUAAAUUUGUUCAAAUAUCCCAAAAUUUUCUAAAUAUCUGAAAAUUUUCCACAAUUUUCUAAAUAUCUCGGAAACUUCUAAAUAUCUUUAAAAAUAUCCGGAUAUUUGUGUCUAGGCCUAAGUGAGGUGGCCGUGUUGAGUAACAGAAGACAGAAAAGCUGCUAUUAACGGUGUAAAAGGUACUUUCACAAAGCUGCCAGAAAAUAAGUACAACCUUUUAAGGGUUCCUAAGCAUUUUAAAAGGUAUUGGUGGAGAUGCGUUCUGAAAAUAAAUGUUCAGAGAGUGGGUGGUUAGUUAGCGGUUUUCGUGCCAGCAAUUCUUCAGUUUUUAGUGGGUGGUAUCUCGUUGUUUAUCGCUUCUAAAGAGCAAAAAUCUGCACUGGUUGCCCAUGUCAACUAGCUCUUGUUACUUAAGAAUUCACUUCCUAAAUACCGAGACGACUUCUCCGAUGAAAACCAAAUUCGCAUAGACUGCGAGCAGUUCCUCUUUUUCUUCAGAUUAGUAAGGGGAGUGCAUGCGCGCGAGAGCGACGAGCGGCGAAGCCGCGAAACGCGAGAAACGAGGGCAGUAGGCUCUUCCGCCUCGCGCCUUCAGUCAGUCGCUUGGUCAUUUUCGUGUCUCGCGCGUUUCGCUGAGAAAAAGAGAGACUGCUUGUGGUCUAAAAUAGGCCACUUCCCAAUUCCCCCGAGCCUCGGUAUCAAAACGAUGUUAAGUGCUCAGCCUUUGAUGUGGAAAUGAUUUUUCAUUCUCAUCCAUAUAAAACUCGUUUUCACAAGAAAGGUUGUGCACUUGGCCUCAUUUUGAAAUUGAGGGUUUUUGGAACUCGGAAUUGGCCUAUUCGCACGAUAAUGAACCAAAAUGUUAGCAAUGACGUCAUGGUGAACUUAUCUCGUUUUCAGGGUCGUGUGUACAUCAACGGAGUAGGUCUGGGACAAGUACAAGAUUGGUACGCCUGUAAGAUUGGUUACGUAUUACAGCUCGCUGUACCCUACUACGAGGAGCUUACGGUUCGACAGAAUCUUUUUUUUGCAGCACACAUGAGAUUACCAAAAGGAACAUGUAUAUCGGAUAAAUACGAGCGAGUUGAACAAAUUAUCGCUGAGGUAAGCGUUUUUGGUAUUUCUUUAGAACUUCACCGAGACCAUACUGCGUCUUCUUUACCCCCCCCCCAAAGAUUGUAUAACCAUUGUCUUCUAUUUCUCUUGGGAUGACUGUAAUAACCAGGAGAAAUUGGAAACAAUGUUUAUGUAAUUUUUUUUUUUGGGGGGGGGGAAGGUGGGGGGGAAACAAUAUGCAUAAUGGUGUCAAUGAAAAUGGUGAAUUCACGAUACUCACCAUCUGUGCAAGCGCUUUUAGAUUAAUGGGAUAAAAACAAUGUCCCGUGGUAUUUCAGGGGGCAAACAGGUGAUUCUUGCCGAUCCGCCGUCAAUCACGGUCGACUUUGUUUAUUCUCCAGAACGAAUCGUAUGAAAAUUUUUCACGAUACCCAAAUCUGUGCAAGUUCUUUUAGAUUAAUGGGAUUUAAAUCAAUGUCCUUGGUUGUUGUGGGGCAAACAAGUGAUAAAAAUUGCCGAUACGAGUAAUCACGGUCGAGUUUGUUUACUCUCAAAACGAGUCGACGAUUUUUUUAGUGCAAAAUGUACGGUUCGAGUUUUCUCAAGUUUUACAUCAUUAUUGAUUGUUGUGAGAACAUUUACUGUCGCUACUGCAUCCAAAAUAGUUUGCCAUUAUCGUCUUUAGGAGAAAGAGUUCUUUUUUUCAUGUUGUCUAGAAUAAACAAACUCGACCGCGAUUUCUUGUAUCGGCGGAUUUAAUCACUUGUUUGCCCCUUGAGAAACCGCGUGACAUCGCUUUUAUUCCGCCUCUCCUAAAGCGCGUGCAAAGGUGGCGAGUAUCGUGAAUAAGGUCUCAUGUAUUGUCGUAAAAAAUUACCGUACGAAUCCCUUUGCUCUGUUGUCUAAUAACCCUUUUCCCUCGCUUCUUUUGGUACCAGACUGGAUUGACGGACAAGGCAGACACAGUCGUUGGCGGAUCAGUAGGACUGGGUUUAAGUGGAGGGCAGGUAAGUAUAAUGUCAAUUCGGUGUUUCUAAAUGUAGCGGAAACUGUGCUUGCUUACUGCAGGCUAUCCUCGGGUGAUGAAGAUUUUCACGACGAGGAGAAUUGUCGUUAUUUUGAUUCCUCUUGCGAGUAAAAGGAGUAAGAAAAGUUAAACUUACUUUGCUCAACUGAGUAGAACCGCCGGCCGACGUCGUCAGGGACCUUAACCCUUUAAGCCCUAAGAGUGAUCAGUAUCAAAUUUCUCCUUGUAAUGUCAAUGCUUUGUAAAACAGAGUGGUCGUGAGAAUUACAGACAUGAUCACACAAGAUGAAUUUUCUUGAUAUUUUAUCAACUUCUCCCCACUACUUCUGUAGGAAAUGAAUAGAGGCAACAAAUGAGAAUUCAAACUUUGAUCUUAGGGUUUAAAGGGUUAAGCAACGACAAGGACGACGGCAGUCAAUUUGCCUUCUAUCAAACUUAAUCGCGUCUAUUUGGACCCGCUAAAAAUGUCAAAUGCAGGCGACUUUUCCUGGAGUUGAAUUCUUAAGGAUUUUAUUCAAGUUCAAAACGAGGAUGGAAAAUUCGUCGUCGUAUACAGCUAUUUCGAGAAAGGUUGUCGGGAAAAAUGUGCACGCGACAACCCCGAAAGGUAAUAUGGGAUAUGAUCAAUACACUGUUUCGAACGACUGUAGCUGUCGAACCUACUUUUGUUGCUUUCUAUUAGCACUCGCGAACGUAUGUCCAUGGCCUCUCGUGCUAUUCUUUCAAAAUUCUUUGGAGAACAGGGGAGACAAAACCACCCACAAUACCUUUCGGGAUUGUCGCGUGCGCUUUUUCCGACAACCUUUCUCGAAACAGCUGUAUUACGUCCUCCAUAAAACGUCAAAUUAGGAGGAUUCACGUCGUAGUCGUGCAGUGGACGUCAAAGAAAUGUACUAAAAAGCGUGAUGCACGUGCAGAGCUGUUGUUUUGAUCAUUAAACCUAUUGUUUUUGAAGUUGUCGUCGUAGUUGAUUAAGCUCCCUAUGUACCCCGUAAAAUGCUAAAUCCCGUAUACUCUACUUCUGUUUCCGGCUGUUGGAACGUUGGAUUGCGCUAUCCAACAGGUUAAUCACUAUUUUGUGGAUAAGCGGUGGGAAAAUCCAAUUGCGUCAUCCAGUGGGUAGAGAUUUAUACACCUCUUGAACUACUGGACCCACCCUUUCCCUUCCCUCUCCCCCUUAAAAAAAACCGUAGAGAAAGACACAAAGCACGAGGGUUAAUGAGCAAAACAACUCUGCACGCCCUUUUUGCAUUUCUCCGCUUUUCUCGCAAACAACGCUAAACGUCAAUGCUAAACUUCAAUGUUUGGAGGAGAACAGAAGAUAUGACAGUUAAAUUUUCAUUUGCCCUGUGUUUGAAGUCGUCGCUACCAAUUCAGACUGUGGAUGAGUCAGUGGUGUGAGGUAAAUCUAAGAAACUGGAAUAAUGUUGAUUCUUACUCCCACGAGUGCACAGCUGAUAAUUAAAAUUCAAGAAAAAUCCAAAUUACAUUUUGUAAAAAUACUGAAAAACAAAAAGCAUCAUGUAAAAGUAUUGCUCAGUACUUUUCAUUUGAAUGGUAACACCAUAGGAUUUCAUCCACAGACUCAAAAGUUAGAACCACGUUGUGCAGCAUAAUAAACAGAACCACAGGAAAGUACUGCUCAGUAGCUUUCAUUUGUACACACCAUGAGAUUUCAUCCACAGAUUCAAAAGUUAGAACUGCGAGUAAUGACUUUCACUGGAUUAUUGUUCGCAUCUCUGGGAUCUAACCUCUAAAAUUUGUAUUGCAGAAACGACGCCUGUGUGUCGCUCUUCAACUAAUUAACAUGCCCUCAGUACUUUUUCUCGACGAACCAACAUCAGGUAUGUGAUAAUUAACACGGAAUUACUGGAUGAGAUUUUUCAAAAUAUUUAGAGUUAUGAAGGGCGAUAGAAGCGGAAACCUUGAUAUUUCUGGAUACAAUAAAACCCCACUUAAAAAGGCCUGGUUCUUUUCAUGAUGUCAAAAUUUCAGAAAAUUUGGUCAAGAUAUCAAUGGAACUAGAUGGAGAUUUCUUGGAAUUGAAACAGCGAGUCACCCGCUUGCUCGAGUCAUACAUCGCGCGUUUAAACCAGUAUCAACGCGCGACCACGCUGUGUAAAUAAGGAGCUUGGGCAACAACGACGCGGACGGCUACGAAAAGGUCACCUAAAAAGUUAAUUUGUGCUGCUUCAAACUUUAUCGCGCUUAUUCCAUCUUGCUGAGUUCGUCAAAUGUUAACGAAUAUUUCUGGAGCUGAAUUCUAAGGGACUGUAUCGAAGUUGAGGGAAGGAAAAGAAAGUGCUUGUUUUGUGUUUAAGUCGUCCACAGGAUGUGAAAUUAUGCACUUUCACGUCGUAGUCGUGCAACGACGGCAAAGGAAUGUACAAAAAAGCAUGAUGCACGUGCAAAGUCGUUGUUUUGCUAAUCUAAGCCUAUAGAGCGUAUUCACUCACGUGGCCAGCAUCUAUGCUAAUUAAUACAAACAAAAGAAAUCUUUUACAUAAGAAAAGAGUUCAAUUCCCACUGGGUUGUCUUUGGUACACCAACAUGGCCGCCGUUUUAUUGUUUUGGAACACUAAUAUGGCCGCGUGACGUCAUGUGAAUACGCUCUAAUCCUAAUGUGAGAUUCUUAGGGCCUGUUUACAUGAAGGUGGGGGACCCCAGAUAGGUGAGGUAACCCCCCUUAGUUGGGGUAAAAAAAAAUAACCCUCCUUUACGUGCAAUCUUACAACCCCGCCAUCCCGGGGUGCACUUUCUCAAGAUUACUGAAUGGUCGCUAAGCACGUAAACAAGAAAAAUGCUGGCAAACGACGUUUUUUGGUGAUUGAUGCUCUUCUACUCUCGCUUGCUGCUCUUGCUGCAAGCUCCAGUGCUGUGGCUUUCUACUGUUACCUUUAAUAAUGAUGCAAAGCUACCGCCAAAGUGAAUUUUGCGGGAAUUCAAUAUCGCGAAUCCGACCCCGGCUAGGCGGGAUACCCCACCUUGAAACGUUUACAUGACAAAAUUUGACCCCGGCUGAGAGGGUUACCCGGUCUGGCAGACCGGGCUACCCGCCUUGGCGGGUCACCCCUCCUAUCAUGUAAACGUGAUCAAAUUAAAAUGAGAGAUUAUAUGGACAGGCGGGUUACCCCACCUUAGCGGGUUACCUCAUCUACCUGGGGUCCCCCACCUCCAUGUAAACAGGCCCUUUCUUAAGUCGUUCUCACAUCAAGGUCUUUUUCUUCUUAUGAUUUGUUGAUUUUGUUUUUAGGUCUAGACGCGUCAUCUUCUCUUGAGCUUUUAAAUCAUCUGAACCUUGUAGCUGAGUCUGGCAGGCUUGUUAUACUCACCAUUCAUCAGCCCAGACUGGAAAUCUUCCAUCUCUUUCACAAAAUUCUUUUCUUGUGUGAUGGCCAGGUGAGGUUAAGGUGAUGUCGCGUAAGAAUCUCGUAACAGCUAUAGUUUUUGGGCAGUCUUAACGAUAAAGUCAAACCCCGGUUAAUACGGACUCUCUUUAUUACGGACAGUUUGCUUUGUCCCUGGGGAAAGAAAGCCCGAACAUUAGGGACUUAAAGAUACACCGCAGGGUUCUAUCUAGGAUUUAUCUUUUGGGGGAGAAGUCCUGAGUGGCCACGAGCCUCCUAGGGGGCCCCCCGGUUUGUCCCUGGGGAAAGAAAGCCCGCUCACUUUCUCUAAAUACAACCUGCGUAAUACGAACACCCCGUUAAUACGGACACUUUCUAUGGCCCCCUAAGUAUCCGUAUUAACUGGGUUGACUGUAUACUGCUAAGUGGCGGAAGAUUUGAACGAAGGUUUUAUCUUCAGACCCUUGUGCAGCUUAAUUAACAGUACCACAGGAAAGUACUGCUCAGUAGCUUUCAUUUGAAUGGUCACAUCAUAGGAUUUCAUCCACAGACUCAAAAGUUAGAACCACCUUAUACAGCGUAAUAAACAGUACCACAGGAAAGCACUGCUCAGUAACUAUUAUUUGAAUGGUCACACCAUAGGAUUUCAUCCACAGACACAAAAGUUAGAACCACCUUGUACAGCAUAAUAAACAGUACCACAGGAAAGUACUGCUCAGUAGCUUUCAUUUGAAUGGUCACACCAUAGGAUUUCAUUCACAAACUCAAAAGUUAGAACCACCUUGUACAGCAUAAUAAACAGUAUCACAGGAAAGUACUGCUCAAUAGAGAGUUUUAGAUCCGAGUUUACCGCGAACCUCUAACCGCUGGAGGUCACGUGACAAGUCGUUCGCGUCACGUUUGAGGUUUACGACGUGCGUUUUCAACGUGGGGAGGUAGGUUUUCACGUAUGUCAUUUACCUGAAAGCUUUUAGCGUAUAAUUUUUGUUUUAUCCCACGUAACGACACAAAAAUCUUGUAGGUCAAGUCUUUAUCCAUUAACAGAGGCACAAAUUCGGGCGAAAUAGCUAAAUUUGACAAAUCCUAUUGGAUCUUGAAAACAAGUGCCAUUCAUGGCUGCUGAUUCAAAAUGGGGGCCGUAAAUUUGCAAGAAGAACUAAUGUAAGAAUUUACAGCUCUUUGCUGCUAGAUAACCCAGUGUUACCGUAAAUUUCUCUUAUUUCACAGAUUGAUAUUUCUUCUAUUUCUAAAUGAAAAAUAAACCUAGAAUGGCUUCUUUAAUCCACCACCAAUCUAAAUCGAAUAAUGUUUGAACGUCGAACCGCAAACGGGUAACCGCAAACCGCGGUUAGAGGUUCGCGGUAAACUCGGAUCUAAAACUCUCUAAUAACUUUCAUUUGAAUGGUCACACCAUAGAAUUUCAUCCGCAGACUCAAAAGCUAAAAUCACUUGUACAGCUUAAUAAACAGUGUCACAGAAAAUUACUGAUCAGCAGCUUUCAUUAAUAUUAAUAUUUGGAUGGUGAUAUCUAGGAUUUCAUCCAAAGGCUCAAAACUUAGAAGAAAGUUUUCGACUUGGAAUUUCACGCCGGCAAUGAGAAAAGUUAUUCACAAGUUAGACCCAGAAGUAUAUAAUCUCUUCUGAGUUGGGUUUGUUUUGUUUAGGUUGCAUAUUAUGGUGAACCGUCCAUGGCGCCAGAGAUAUUCCUUAAAGCUUAUGCGGGCGCAACAACUGAAGAGUUCCGGAUGAGCGAAGAUGCUCCGAAAAUUGACGCCAAGAACCCUGCAGGUACCAAAAAAGAAGGCAUACCCAGUUAUCGUGGCUCUAACAAUUCCGAAAAAUGUUCCUGACGUCGAUUGAAGUGGCAUUUCUAGAAAUAAAUAGAUAAAACUAAAAUGAGAGUAAUAGCAGAGCGAUUUUAAGUUGUGUACUGCAAGAUGAAAAUAGCUUUUUUUGUCGAAGAAACAUUCAUACUUGUUUUCAAGUAAAUGAGUUUUAAUUGUCAACGUGAAUUAAUAGUUGCCUUUCUCGUUUUAAAAGAUCCUUUUUUUUUUCGAUAACAGACACUAUCAUGGACUUAUUAAACUGCCCCGAAGCUCGGCACGCUAUUUUGGAUUAUUAUCAAACAAGUGGCGAACCACAGGCAGUCCAAGAGGCUAUUAUGACGUCCCAAGAAAGUGCAGGAAAAACCGUUUCCAUGGAUACCAUGACAAAGUUGUAAGUUUGUAUUGGGUUAUGGGUUUUCCCGCGCUUCGAACUGAUUACAAUACACUUUUCCUGCGCUUGCAUGUACCCGGUUGAACUCUUACCCGAGCUUAGCACUGGUUACCCUUUUUUCCGCGCUUAGAAACCGUCACACUUUUUGCUGUGCUUAGAACCGGUUACAUCAUUCCCGGGUUUAGAAAUGGUUUACACGUUUUGCUCCGCCUAGAACUGGUUACAUUUUUCCCGCGCUUACAACCGUCUGGACAUUUUUCAGAAUUCCAGUACUCGACACCGGUUUUUAGUGAUUAUUAUUUUUGGUUUCGCGAUUAACCCCGCCAGCUUAUAACGCCCGUUACUGUCUUUUUAAAUUUUCAGCGUGGAGGGAGCUGGAACAUUCAAGAGAAUCUUUGUCCUGGAAGGCAGAACUUCCGUUAGGCAAACAAUUGGACAACUCUUGUAUUUUCCGAUGAUAUUUUUCACAUUUGGAAUUAUAAUAGGUAAAUUAAAUCGUGAUAAUACUUGUUUCCUGGUGAGGCUUUGCUCGUUGCCGCCAUUUCUCAUUAUAAAAACGCAUGCAGAUCUUCUCUUUUAUUUCGCUGUUUGCAGCCAUAAACAGGCAGUGACGGAAAGUUCCACAAAACGUAAAAUGAAGGAAAAGCUUCCCCUAAAAAUCACCCGUUCCUCGCAUUCUAUUAGUUACAAAGGAUUUAUUCUCUGCUGCUCGUAUUUCAGGAACUGUUUAUUGGCAAGCGGAAGAGAGAGAUGGCAUAUUAUUGAUGUCCGCUUACUGUGUUUACUGUUGUGCCAGUCCGUUAUUCCUGAGCUCCGUUUUAAUGGCCCACCUCAAUAAAGCUCUGGACGUAAGUUUCGCUUUUACGUCUACGGUUCGACGCCCAGGCCUCAGAAUGUAACAUCGUAUGGAAGAUUUUAUUGACCCAGGGGCCCGUUUCUCGAAAGUCCCGAUAAUUAACGGGCCCGGUAAGCAGUCUCCGUUUACAUUAAAGAUCGAAGUUUCUAUAGUUUUGCAUCUAGCAUAAUAAAACUAUCAGUUAAUGAAAUAAAAUGGAGUAGUCUGCUAGCCGGGACCCGAGCUCUUAUUCUUUAUAUUUCGAUUUGAAUAUUUGAUUUCGGGCCCGAAAAGUUACCGGUACUUUCGAGAAACGGGCCCCAGGUCUGCUCAAGGUCAGGCUGACCUCAUUGGUUUGUUGUUUUGGUUUUGCCUUUACAGUGUUUUCCCUUUUUUGUUCGUGCAUAUCAGUGACCGAAAGGCCGUGCAUUGAUCACGUGACGCUGAAUAAAUGGCUGCGCGGAAUAUUGAGGUCUAGGCACUAGCCAAAGAUCGUCUUUAGAGCAUAAUAAAUCGUAAAAUGGUCAAUUAAAUUAGCUACCAAAAAAAACCGCGCCAAUCAUUGUUCAUAAAGAUGAGAAAAUGUUCUUAAACACGGUAUUCGCCAAUGUGUUUAAUCUAAGUGGUCACGCUGACAUAGCAAAUUAACGUUACUUUUAGGCUUUUUAGCGUGCCAUAGUUGACUCUUUUUUCAUGUUUCUCUAGAUAUUUCGCCUUGAGCGCGCUGAUGGGUGUGGUCGGUCACAUGAGAAUGUCAUUCAAACCUUUGUUCGAACAACAGCUGUAUGCGUGCUGCCAGUGAUCCUGUGUUCAACUAUGUCUUACUUCAUGGUAUGUUCACUGAAAUGUCGCCGUCUAGCUUGCCGAUCAUUGGUUCCGACCACUUAUGUGUUAGGUAUCACUUCUUUAGCCUGAGUGUUAGCAGCGGUGGGCAGCUGUUGCAACACGUGGCGCCUCUUGUCAUAAAUCACGUGAUAAUAGAGUGUAACACUUGUGUUAUGUGACGCGGCGUGUUAUUUGACUUUGUUAUUUUUUACCCGCAUCAACACCAUGUUAUCUUUGUAAUGAAAAUCACCCUGGUCAUCACUUUUUAUCUUUUCAUCCAAAAUUUUGCAAUUGGAAAAUGGCGAGUUUAAUGUUGUACGUGAAAUCUGCAAUUCCGCUUUAUUCCUGUUCAUGUAAACGUUUUGUAGCAACCUCGUGUAUGACACAACUUUUUCAUUCCGCUGAUCGGUGAAGUAAAACAUGAAAAAGGGGAAAUGCUUUGUUUAUAGUGAAAGUACACGUAGCUACGCUAAAACAAUUUGAAGGAAAUAAUACAAAUAACAUAACAGGGUUAGUAUUAACCUCGACUGUCGGGAGGCAACCAGUUGGCUCCACUCAAGCGUGAUCGAGGAAUUUGAUUUCGAGACGAUCGACAAACAAAUACACCAAGCAGUCGGAGAGGGACUCGAACCCAGGAUCGCUGUCCAGUCGGCCACGCUGCUUCCGUUUGCUCAACCACAGGACACCUAACAUGGAGGACUUCCACUUUUCACGGCUUACUUUAAAUACGGUAUUUAUCUCCUUCUCCAAUUAACAUGCGAAUUUUAAUACUGGUGAUCGCAGAAAACAAGGACUUGAAGAAGAAUCCAGAAAUCGAUUAAUUAUACAAACUUUCCGGCUACGAAUGGGCCUGUUUGUCGUUUUAUUAAUCUUCGUCGCAAACUUUCACAACACAGGUAAGCUUGAAAUAAAAUAAAAUACACGAAACAUAAAUACCGUUUUGGACCGUUCAUUGCUAGUCUUCCUCAAUGCAUUUUGUCAUUUCCUAUGUCAACUUUCUUUCUUGUAGGUUAUGACGUCCUAUGAAUUGUGGAGGUUCUUACUUGUAACAAUCCUUUCACUGGUUCUAAACCAAACGUGGAUUGCAGUCUAUAUGAUGGUGAUUUGUGCGCAGCCGCAGAUCGCUCAUCGGAUUUGUCCAAUGGUGUCUGCUAUUGGCGGCUUUGCGGGGGGCUUUCUAGUGCCCAGGCCUCAGAUGCCUGUCGUGUAAGUGCUUAGUUGACUUCCAGCAACGAUCUUCUCCAUUGAUUGAGUGGUUUUAACUUUUGAGUUUGUAAUUGAAAUCCUAUAGUGUGACAAUCUUGGGUGUGACCAUUCAAAUGAAAGCUACUGAGCAGUACUUUCCUGUGGUACUGUUUAUUAUGCUGUACGAGGUGGUUCUAACUUUUGAGUCUGUGGAUGAAAUCCUAUGGUGUGACCAUUCAAAUGAAAGCUACUGAGCAGUACUUUCCUGUGGUACUGUUUAUUAUGCUGUACAAGGUGGUUCUAACUUUUGAGUCUAUGGAUGAAAUCCUAUGGUGUGACCAUUCAAAUGAAAGCUACUGAGCAGUACUUUCCUGUGGUACUGUUUAUUAUGCUGUACAAGGUGGUUCUAACUUUUGAGUCUGUGAAUGAAAUCUUAUGGUGUUACUAUUCAAACGAAACGUCUUGAACAUUGCUUUCACAUGGCGCUAUUCAUUUCGGGGGGAUAGAGAGCUAAAGGUUAUCUUUGUUACAGUAUUACAAUGAUGUACCCGCUGAAAAUAAAUUUCUUUUGUUUCCUGUCUGUUGUUUUUCAGGUAUAAUUUAUUGUUCUAUAUCAACCCACAGUUUUAUGGUUAUGCAGCGAUAACCAAAGUCUUGUUGCAGAAUGUUCGUCUGAAUUGUGAUUACGAAUCAACGUUAAACUGCAUCAGCACAGAUGGCAACGCUAUUCUGAGCAGAUUUGGAUUGGAGUCCGUGAAUCCUUAUGAAUACCUCGUGGUAAGUUUUCUAAAGUAAACGGAACGAGUAGAAUAAAGAAUAAUCCAUUCCGGGUUUCCAAGACCCUCACUUUCAAGUGUAAGGGGGUUUCAUUUGCAUAGAGCGAUUUUCGUAUGACCGUGAAAAAUGGUUUCCGUAAGUGUUUGUUAUUUGUUUUAUCAGCCAAUGGAUGAAAGGAACAAAACACGGACUCUUCAUUUUCCCGCCAAAGAAAACCCUAAUAUGGAGAAGGCAUUGCUCGAUUGACCAAUCGUGUUGCAGUAUGACGUCAAAGCGAUUUCUAGAAAGUUCUUCGGGCAUGAAGUUUUUUCAGCCGAGCGUUCUCUUAACCAACCAAAGGUGCGUUUGUAUCCGUUCGAUAAACCAAUCAAAUCGCUUUAUUUUCGCUCGUUUGUUGUUUUUGUUUUGUUCGCGCGUUUUCAUUUCAAGGUCAUAAGAAAAUUGCUCUAACGACCAAAAAAUUGUUUUCAUGUGAAAGACAUCGCACUUUCCCUCGUUUUCAAAAACAAGCUUGAAAGAUAACUCGGUAAUGGGCUAUUUCUUUAUCAAUCCCUUGCUUUGUAACAGAGAAGUAGCUCCAGGGCAUAAUAUGGUUUGUGUUUUUUUUUCUUUUCAUUUUUGUCUUCCCGUCGUACCUUGCGGGCUACUCCGCUGUUGCUCUGAACACAAUAGGCCAUAUCCGAUUUCCCUCGGGCCUCUGUUUCAAAACGAGGGUAAGUGCUCAGCCUUUGAUAUGGAAAUCAUUUUUCAUUCUCAUGCAAAUAAAACUCAUUUUCGCGAGAAAGGUUGUGCACCUAGCCUCAUUUUGAAAGUGAGGGGUUUUGGAACUCGGAAGUGGCCUAUCGUUUUGUCAGUAGACAUUGGCAAUCAGUUUUUAUGUUGGCAUUUCGUGCUGCUCUCGCGAAAGCUUUUGCACUGAAACAUCCAUACUCUAAUUUCUCUGUUGCAUUGAUUAUCCAGUAUCUUUUAUCUCAAGAAGUGUUGUUGACGAAGGAAAUUCUUUUUAAAUUUAGAUCAUGUUAGGGAUGACGGUGUCAUCAUUGCUUCUCGCUUGGUUGUUUCUAGAAGCAAAAUACUUCACUUUACCUUGCUUCAAUAAAACGUAAGUUACAUCUCAUCCCACCGUUAAAUCUUGAAGUGGGGUUGCUGUUUUACGUAUGUCAAUAGUAGCCUUUCCCGCCUCAAUUUUGUGUUCAAACUUCGAAACGGAUGUCAAAAUGCUGAAUGAAGUCAACGGUGUUCUAAUAUUUAAAACAUGCCCUUGGCGGCUUAACAGUGCUUUUUCCGUGUUUCAUUUUAAGACGACUGUUACUUUGAACCGAAAAAAAAAAAACGUCAAAAUGGGCCUCAUGGUAACUGAUAUGGUACAAUAUUAACCUAGUUGCUUUGGAAUUCCAGUCCCGCUGCAUUUUUAGGGGAAGCAGAAGAGGGAAAGGUCGAGGUUUUGGUGAAGCAGACAGACGAUGUCUCUUCUAAAGACGACCUGGACGAAUUUCAAUUGGAGACACCAAAAAGCUGUGGCAUAGACCCACGUAGUCCCUCCAGAAGAUCAGCCAAAUCCAGGCUUGGUCUAAUUAGCGUUAAUAGAGGCUUUCAUUCAGUGAAACUGCCUCCUCCAAGACACGGCCCGUCAUCACCAGGGAUGUUUUUUGAUGGCCAAGAGGUAAGUUGUAUCUCGCUUGAAGGAAGAAAUUCAUGGUAAGAUGGGUUAUCCACGAAUAGUGGAUAGGGCGUAGACCAAAUGGAGUGCAGGGUUCGAACAUGGUUGGCUUUAUGAAUUAGAGAGGAAUGCGUGGAUUUGUACGUUCUUGUGUCAGCCAUAUACUCCAUGUGUCACAGUAUUGUCUCUCAUUCAUGAGAAAACUAGUCUGGAUUUCAGCUGUCUGUUCAAAUCCGGCGCAGACACUGGACGGCAUUAACGGUUCGUUGAUUCAUACGCCUCUCUCUCGGGUUUUUGCAACUCGAGGAGACGGCUGAAAUUCAGGCUGUGAGAAAACUUAAUGAUUACGAUCUUAAAGAUUGUGUCGUACCUCUCAAGUCUGAAUAGACCUUUUUACCGAUACGGCGGCCAUAUUGAAUUUAUUCGAUUUAAGGAGUAUUAUAGGAUGCCCAGGGGGCAUGAGCACAUUUCGUUUGCAUUUUCGAGCGCUUUUCGGGGCAUUUUUUCUUAAAGUUUUCUUAGAAUAAGAUUGUAAUGGGAAAAAAGAUCCUUGUGCCGUGUUUGGUUGUAAUAAUGAUCGCCUUUUUCUAGUUUAGUAUUAGAAAUAUAAUCUUUCACUGUAUAUUUCUCGGAAAAAGGCGAUCAUUAUUACAUCCAAACACGGCACAAAGAUCUUUUUUUCCCAUGACAAUCUUAUUCUAAGAAAAAAAUGUCCCGAAAAGCACUCGAAAAUAUAAACGAAAUGUGCUCAUGCCCCCUGGGCAUCCUAUAAUACUCCCUAAAUCAAAUUAAUUCAAUAUGGCCGCCGUAUCGGUAAAAAGGUCUAUUACUUAAUAAAAAUCGAUUGAAAUUGCUCUGUUGUUAUUCCUCACCGAAAUUCUUUUAUUAUCUCAGGUACUGGAUGCAGGUGAUGGACAAGAUGACGUUUUUGCCCGGCGCAGGGACCGAAUGACGAGCGUAUCGGGAAAGGCGCUUUGGGCGCACACCAGACAACAUGUUGAAGAGAGAAGAAUUAGCUUUGACAAGCAAUUGUCCAAAGUUCAAAGCCUUGCCCGGCAGUACACGAUCAAGCAUUCGCAAUCAGUCAGAAGGCGUGCCAAAGAAAGAGCCGCCGUCCCUCGUAGAACCACCAUGGCUUCGUCGGCUGCUCGACAGGAGUUGUCAUUGAAGCGCAUGGAAAAUUUUCAAGAUGGACGCUCAAAAGCUGUGAUUGACAAAGAACAGGAAAAAUCUUCCAGUCCACUGUCAAAUCGGUUUAAGAAGUCCGUGGAUAUUUUUGAUGAAGGUAUGGCUCCUGGGAGGUCAAGUGAUACAAAGCAACAGUUCAGAGAUGAUGAGAAGGAGAGGAGAAACGAGGUGAAUCUGGAAGAGAAGGAUAAUGGAGCUGCAGAAUCUCGACGGAUAGAGCGCUCCUCGAUACUGAGCAUGCGCAAAACAAGUGAAGGGAACCUUGAGAUGAUAUCAGAAUCGAAUGACAGCUCUGAAGGGGGGGAGGAGGAAUCCAAGGAAAGCAAAUGCGAUCAACCCCAAGCAAUGGAACAUACCGACAAAGAUGCGAGGUCCUCUGAAGUGAAGAAGCCCGCCGAAGGAAGAUCUGUAAAGAGAGUCUCUAUAGUUGAAUUCACGGACACUCUUGAUGUGUAACUAAUUAAAGCGCGCGCCUUUUUUGCAGAAGGGAACCGUGGAAAGAUAUUUUACUGAGUCGAGUGGGUUUACAGGUCUCAGGUCGGGGACCUUAUCGGCAGUGGAUGUUGACAUAGAAACGGUGCUUGAUAAUGUUUUGAAGUCGCGAUGUAGUUCUUCGUUAGCCCCAGCACUCCACUUUUGAUAUACCAGAGAGUCCGUGAAUGGGGUUCCCGUGUUCAAAAGAAACAACGAGGACAUGAUAACAUUUUUAUCUCCGGUGGGAACUUUUUUUUACUAUGAGGGAUUUAGAAAAUCGAGGACUUUUUAUAGAGGAGUGGCAGUACAUGGUAACCAGUAUAUUUAAAGAACUUAUUAACCCUUUAAACUCUAAUAUCAAAGUUCUAAUUCUCAUUUGUUGUCCCUAUACGUUUUCAAUAGAAGUGGUGAGGAGAAUUUGUUGAAGUAUCAAUUAGAUUCAUCGUCCGUGAUCAUGUUCUCAAUUCUCAUUACCACUGUUUUAGAAAACAUUUAUAUCACAAGGAGAAAUUUCAUGCUGAUCAAAAGGUUAAUGUUAGGAGACUUACGCUGUUGUUCUAUGCAACUUGCGCUUGUACACUGUAAAGUGAUUAUUGUUUUCUUGUUGCUUUCGAGAUUAUUUACUUUGCCAUCAAUCCUUUUUAAGCUGUUCUUUUUUCACUCAUUUUUCCAGCUGUUCGCAAAUUUCAGUAAAUUAGAAUCAAAAUAGCUAGUGAUAGAGUGCUCAUUUAAAGUGACUCGUCACUGGAACAUCCAG